CAGCUACAUCCGGCGCAGGUGAACGGAAGUCCUAGUCUGGGAUCACCUGACCAGAGCGUGAGUUAGAAAUGGCGUCUUCCUUGCUUGGUGGUGAACGACUGGUCCGCGCUUUGGGCCCUGGCGGAGAACUGGAACGGGAGCAGCUGCCUCGGAAGCUGCGUGCCCAGCUCGAGGCUGCUCUUGGGAAGAAACACACGAGCAGUGAUAGCGCCACGGGCCCUCUUCGCCUGAUUCCCUUCCGUCUGAUCCGAGAACUACAUCAGCACCUGAGGGAAAGAAAUUCCAGCCUAUAUCUUCAUGAACUCCUCAAAGGCAGUGAAAUCUACCUUCCAGAGGUUGUGAAGCCUCCUCGGAAUCCAGAGCUAGUUGCCAGACUAGAGAAGAUUAAGAUACAGCUAGCUAAUGAGGAAUACAAGCGGAUCACUCGAAAUGUCACUUGUCAGGAUGCACAGCAUGGGGGGACGCUCAGUGACCUGGGAAAACAAGUGAGAUCGGUGAAAGCUCUGGUCAUUACCAUCUUCAACUUCAUUGUCACAGUGGCAGCUGCCUUUGUCUGUACUUACCUAGGAAGCCAGUAUAUCUUCACAGAAAUGGCCUCGAGAGUGCUGGCUGCAUUGAUCGUCGCCUCGGUGGUAGGUUUGGCAGAGUUGUACAUCAUGGUGAGAGUGAUGGAAGGUGAACUGGGUGAGCUGUAACUGGUGCUUCACCAUCAAAGUCUGGAAGAAGCUUGGGGAGCCCCAGACUCUCCAUUCCUCAUCACUGACUCUCGGUCAACCCCUGAAGCUUUGUACUUGGCUCCAGUUAGUCAGAGGACCAGGUCACGUUCUUCUUUGGAAAGCCGUGUCUGCUGUCAGUCUCCUUAGAGAGGAAAAGAGGAAAUUCAGACAGCAGUGUUUCUUUAAAACUGAAAGAACUGGUCUCAGUAGCUACUCCUGAAUCCAUCGCACAUUUGCCUUCUGUGGUCCAUUCUGAGGUCUGCUGAGUCUGGGGUUUUCCCAUCAGAAGUAAAUAGAACCCAGACCUUCCCCCCCAAAAUGGGCCGUAUUGCCUUGAACUGGCUCAAGUGCAUAAAUCAAUCACCAUCCUUCAUCCGCAUAUCUUGGCACUGAGAGCAGAAGAUCCUAAGGAAGCAGAAGACGUGAACCUGAGAAGAACCAGUCAGAAAACAGGCAUCAAAUGAGAGAAAAACUAGUUGAUACAGGAUGUUGGAACUAGAAUCCAGGCAGCUAACUUUUUCUAGAAAAGGAAAUGGUAUCAGGCCGUUUUCCAGAAGUCAAAACAUACUGAAAGAAACCAGAUGAUCAGCUGUGGUCCUUCUGUUAAAUGGAGCCAAAGAUGUCUACAUUGUCCUCUUGUCUCUGUGGUAUGUUACACUUUUCCGAAUUUAGAUAAGUUAGAGGAUCUAUUUAAGGCACUUGAAAAAUGUUAUUUAUCCAAUAAAUGUUUCUUGUUUUCGGUGUA